GGUCUCAUUGGCAAUUUACUCAUGAGUCGCGAGAGUCGCGAAUCCAUCUAAUCUCAAGUCUCUCUGAACUAGUCUCUGUGAAACGAACAAUCCAAACAAUCUAGCUCCGACUUCAAGAUUCACUCUCAAUCUCCGACUCUAAUCGCCAAAAAAGAAAGAAAAUAAAACCAGAUUUUCCCUCACUUUCUGUCACUUUCCAAGAUUGCUCCUCCAAGUUUUCCUUCCCCUUACCACCAUCACUCUUGGCUUCAAGAUUGGUGGCAUCACAUAAAGAUUCCCUCAUGCUCUUCCUCCUCCUCCGCCUCUUAUUCUUCAAUGUUCUCCACCUCAUUCGUUCUUUCCUUCUUUCUCUUGCUUUCUGUGCCGAUCCUUCUCUUGUUGGCCCCACAUAUCCUUCCGCCUCGACAGACGCUCUCCAUCCCUCGGGAGGAUGAGAUCGACGAUCUGUCACUCUUCCGCCGCGCCGCCUCCGAUUCCCGCCAUCAUUCCCACCUCUCCUCCACCAACCCUAAGCUCAAAAUCGCCUUCCUCUUCCUUACCAAUUCCGAUCUCUACUUUGCCCCUUUGUGGGAGCGAUUCUUUCCUUCCAAUCGAGAUCUCUUCAAUGUCUACGUCCACGCGGACCCCUCAGUCAAUGUCACCCAUCCUCGCGGAGUAUUCGAGAACCAGUUCAUCUCUGCCAAGCGGACUUUCCGGGCCUCCCCUACUCUUAUCUCCGCCACACGCCGUUUGAUUGCACAUGCCCUCAUCGACGAUCCCGCCAACGCCUUCUUUGCCGUUCUAUCGCAGUACUGCAUCCCCCUGCACUCAUUCCAUUACGUAUACGACUCGAUUGUCUCGUCGCGAUCCUUCGAUUCUUCCACUGACGAGUCCGACACCGGGUUGACUCAGUACGGGGUGCGCAUUAGGUAUAAGAGCUUUAUUGAGAUCAUCUCGAAGGAAUCUCGUCUCUGGAAGCGCUACAUUGCCAGAGGGAGGUCAGCUUUGUUGCCGGAGGUUCCGUUCAGUAAGUUCCGGGUUGGAUCUCAGUUCUUCGUUUUGACUCGCCGGCACGCGCUCAUGGUAAUCAAAGAUAGAGCGCUGUGGAAGAAGUUCAUGCUCCCUUGUUACAGAGCAGAUGAGUGUUACCCGGAGGAGCACUAUUUUCCUACUCUGCUGUCAAUGCAGGAUCCAGAGGGAUGCACACGUUACUCGUUGACGAGGGUUAAUUGGACGGGCACCACAAAUGGGCACCCAUACACUUACUCGCCAAGCGAGGUGUCGCCGGAGCUGAUUCAUGAGCUUAGGAAAUCGAAUUAUUCGAGUUCUUACUUGUUUGCUAGAAAGUUUUCCCCUGAUUGCUUAAGACCGCUGUUGAAGAUGGCCGAUAAAGUCAUUUUCCGGGACUGAAAAUCUUUCCAGGUUGCUGUUCUUGAGAUAAUUGGUCCAAAUGAAUUUGAUUUGCAAGGGCGAAUAAAGAUGUUGGUUUAGGAAGUGGGAGAGGGGAAUGGAAAGGCGAAUACUUUGUUUCGGACUAAAUUUUGCUGGGGAUUAUGGUGCUGAAGAGGCGUAAAGUGCCCACAACCUUUUCAAAACCCCAGAAAGAGCCGGUUCACCUUGUCAAAGAGUCUUUGGACGCACAAGGAAGCAAAGUAGAUUCUAGUUGAAGCAAAGGCAUAUACUUUUGCUAAAGGUAUGGUGUAACACUAUCAGAUGGUAGUAGUAGGAGAAGUGGGUUUUUGUCCUUUUGUUGCAUCUUCUGUACAUAUGUGUUAUGAAUGUGAAACCAUGAAUGAAUCUACUUGUAAGUGAAGAAUAUAUUAUUCGUGAGCUCCAGCUCCACUGGAGACAAAAAUAAUUGAAGCCAUCGGGGCUAGAUUAAGGCCCCAUACAUUUUUUGUUUCAAAGAUUGGGAUCAAGAGGAGCCCCACUUUUUGGC